AUGGAGUUACUGAAGCCCUUCAUGCAAAAGGUUCAUGAAGUGUGCCUAAUCCGCGGACGAGAUGUUUUUGUGUCGAAGUAUUCGUCGCUCUUAAAGCAUCUGAGGGACUUGCCUGAAACGCGCCUUGUCGCAUAUCUUGAAAAUUCCUGGAGUCACAGAAUUAAAGAGUGGGCCGCUUUUGGACGGGUGCACGCAUGCGUAAGUACGAGUAUGCUUUGUGAGCGUUUUCAUAAACGCUUGAAGCACGACAUUUUGCAAGGAAAACCUAAUGUGCGCAUAGACAGCCUCGUUCACCUGUUGAUCGCUUUAACCGUAGAGACGGAAGAAGAGAGAGAAAUUUUGAAAGAGAGAGGCGUUUUAGAAGGCAGAUAUCGCUUGCAGCAACAUCAUAGAUGGCAUAAAGCCGCGGUGGAUAAAUACGCUACCCAGCAGGAUUGA